CAAGAUGGUGAUCAAAGUCUUUGUGGCCACCUCCUCGGGGUCGACAGCGAUCAAGAAGAAGCAGCAAGAAGUAGUGGGCUUUCUAGAGGCCAACAAGAUUGACUUUCAGCAAAUGGACAUAGCAGGUGACGAGGACAACAGGAAUUGGAUGAGAGAGAAUGUCCCAGGUGAAAAAAAGCCUCAAAACGGGAUCCCUCUUCCUCCACAGAUCUUCAAUGAGGAGCGGUACUGUGGGGACUUUGAAUCAUUUUUCUCUGCUAAAGAAGAAAAUAUUAUUUAUUCGUUUCUGGGUCUUCCUCCUCCUCCAGGCACAGAGGAGACUGAAAAGUCYGAUGCUACUGAAGUAAAUGAGGCCCAUGCAGAAGCCAAAGCAGAUGAAGGGGCCGAGUCUCCUCAGUCACCAUCAGAAGAUCAACAGGAAAACAAGGAAGAACAUGCAGCAGCAGGGGAAGAAGAAGAAAAGCAGGAAGAGGAAGAAGAAAAGCAGGAAGUAGAGGUGACAGAGGAACAGGAAGAGUCUUAG